AUGAUUAAGUUUGUUAUAUUAUCUCCAUGUGAGGAUAAACCUGUUGUUACAACAACAACAACAACAACAACCACCACCACUACCACAACGACAACAACGACGACGACAACCACCACCACCACCAGUACAACAACAGCAACUACACAUUGUACUUGUUGUGAUUCAUGCAAGUGUUUUUCGAAAAACACCAAUGUUACACUUGAAGACGGUAGUUAUCGUUCAAUAUCUCGUAUACAUAUUGGAGAUAGAGUACUCGUGUCUGAUCGUGAUCGUAUAAAAUCGAGUUCGGUAUUGGCAAUUCUCACCCAUCUUCAUGUGCCAAUCAUUGACUUGAUCAAUUUAUACACAACAACUACUGUUCUCCGUCUUACACCCGCGCAUUUCUUGCGCGUACGCAAACAAUAUGAAACAGACAAUACAUAUAUUAAAGCAUCAGAAGCUACCAUUGGAGAUUACGUUUUUAUUUCAUCUUCAUUCAACAUAAUCCUUGAUCAAAUUAUUCGAAUUGAAAGACAUACCAUGAUAAAUGAGAGUGUAUAUACAAUUCUCACUCUUGAAGGCACUGUUGUGGUCAACGAUCUAAUAGCUUCGUGUUAUGGAACAUAUUCUCAUAGUGUGAUGCAUGUUAUUACGAAACCUGUACAAUGGUUUUUUUGGUUGUUAGUUAAGUUCGAAUUUUAUCAAACGGCUCAAUGGUGUAGUCUUUUCUUGACUCGCCUUCUCGAAUGGUACAAUCAUAUUUUAAACAUUAGGAUUCAUCCGUACAUAUAUUUUUUGCAUGAAUCAAUAAAACAGUUUUAA